AUGGGAUGGGUGAUCCAUAAGAUCAUUUGGCGAGGUUCAGCCGGGAUCUUUCUGGAAAUCAAAACUGGUUUUGUUGAGGAACGAAGUAGCUCGUCGCUUACCCGCAUUUCUCUUGGUAUACCCACCUGUGUGCCUCCUAAUUCCGUGAAGUCCUUGGAGCAUGUGCGAUUUAUUCAGGAUCCUUGUCAAGAAAGAAGUAAGUCCCUUAUUCUUUCUUUUAUGUUAAAAAGCCUGGACUCGAAGAGGGAGUCGAUUCACGUACUUCACCAUUUCCUGGGUCCUUAUCGCCUUUCCCCGGUUCAGGGUAUGGGUUCUUUCUCUAUGUUUGAAAGUCCCGGUGUGAACUCCCCUACUGAUCUGACUCCAGCGGAUUCUCGAGAAGCCAAUUCUCUCUCUCGAUCUAGAUCUACUUUACCGACAAGAGCUCUUAAUGAAUGA